AUGGCAACAAUAUCUGCUGCACCGAAAUCGCAAGAUCACGAGCCCAAUCCUUAUGUGAAAGAGACAACUCGCGUCACGACCCGGGACCCUAAUGUCAUCGACAAGAGAGACAUCGACGACACCACACUAUUCUACAACACCCACAAAGACCAAGUACGCCCGUUGACACCGGAGGUGGAAAGAAAGCUGGUCCGCAAGAACUUCUGGUGCCUCCUCCUCCAAACGUGGUGGAUCUCGUUCUUGAUUCAUUUGGACAAAUCGACUCUCUCCUCCGCCAGCACGAUGGGAGUGUUCAAAGAUGUAGCAAUGACAAAGAACGAGUAUAACCGGCUGUUCAUCCUAUUCUACCUCGGGUACAUGAUCGCCCUCUGGCCUGGCGCCUGGCUUGCGCAGCGGGUCGGCCACAAGCACUUUAUUACUGGCUCUUUGUUGCUAUGGGCCUUAUUAAUUGGUGUCCAUCCGGCAGUCACAACGGGGAAGCAGAUGAUGGCCACUGAAUCGCAGAUCGUCCCGUCCACAGCCAUGUUGCACCAGGCAUUCUUCCCGCCGAGGAAAAGUCCCUGGGUACAGCUCCUCUGGUGGGCAUUUGGCAGCGUGGCCAACGUUCUCUUGACAAUGAUCUCGUACCAAUUGAUCCAGGAUGACAACCACGGCACCCUGGCUGGCUCCCUUGCUUCGUGGAAAUGGCUUCAUAUUGUCUGCUGCAUCUUGACAUUCUGCGUCUGCGUACCUCUCCUUAUCUUCCUCCCCAACACCCCUCUUGACGCGAAAUGGCUAUCUACCGAAGAAAAAGUGCACACCAUCGAAAUCAUUCGCAAUACCCACGCAGGUGUCAAGAACUCGACCUUCAAAUGGGCGCAAGUGAGGGAGAUGGUCACAGACCCUAAGAGUUGGCUUUUCAUUUUCCACAUGUUCUUCAACGAACUGCCAAACAACACCUCGCAACAACUCCCUCUCAUCAUCGUCGGCUUCGGAUUCACCCCUGCCGAAAGUGCCCUAUUUAACAUAAUCAAGCCACUCUGGGGCCUUAUUCUGAUCCUUGUUUCCGCUGCCAUGCUGUACGGCACGAGACUUGGAACAGGAUAUACCUGUGCGCUCUCAUACGUCCCUUGCCUGAUUGGUGGAAUUAUCGAGCUCGCAGCACCGUGGUCAAACAAAGUAGCCCUGGUCGUAGGGACCCAAAUCUCGACAUUCAAGCCAUCCUACCUCCUCGGUCUUAGCUGGGCCGGAACAACAACAACCGGGUACACGAAGCGACUUACGCUGAUGAGCUCCUGUGUUGUUGCGGCUUCGGUAGCGAACAUGAUUUCUCCAGAAUUCUGGGAAUCCAAGUACCAGCCCCGAUAUCGGCUUCCGUGGGCGUUUAUGACCGCGUUCUGGGCCAUCUCGCCUACGAUGUGUAUCAUUAUUCGACUCUACCUCCAGCGCGAGAAUCGUCGGCGUCAGCGGCUUCUAGAGCAACAGGAGUCCGACUCUGAUCGGGAAGAUGUUCUUGAUGCUGAUGGGCAAAUCGUGAAAAUUGAUGGUCAUGAUUUCGAUGCAACGGAUCGAACGAAUCUCAAGUUCAUGUACCCACUUUGA